UCGUAGGUUGUCGUAUAACCACGUCUUCUAAUCGUUAAUAUUUCGUCUGAUUUGUGACAUUUUAAUUCUGUGCAACGAACUUGUGUAACUCGGUAAAUAGCAACAAACUUUAUUGUACGUUUCUGGGUUGAAGGUGUAGAUAACAUUUUCACGAUUGUUGAAAGAACACUGAAAAAGCAAGAAUUUGGUAGUGCUCCAUUGUAGAAGUUUGUCGAGGUUAUAAAUUUUGACAUGUCGCAAGAACACGAAUUAUCAUCUGGCUCUGAUGACGACGACGAGGACUAUGUUCCCGCAGGCGAAGACUGUGAAUCAGUUUCAGAAGUUGAGUCAGAGGGCGACGCAGAAAGCGCGCCGGAAGAUGAAAACGAUGAGAAUAAAGUAGUGAUGGUUAAAGGGAAAAGUAAAAAACUCAACACAAGAGAUAAAAGUAAAAAGGGAAGAAGAAAGAAGAAGAAGCUCUUCAUUGGGAAAGACAGUCCUGAAAUACCGGAUACCAAUGAUGUUUCAAAAAAAAUACUCACCGAAGAGGAAGAAAAGAAGAAAGCGGAUUUGCUUUGGGCAGAUUUUAAAAAAGAUACAGGUACAGUCUCAAGGGAAAAACCAGCAAAGCUAUCAAACACUAAUCGACCUACAUCUCCGGUAGUGAGGCCGAAAACCGAAGAAAAAGUGAAAAUAACAAAAAUCUUCGAAUUCGCGGGAGAAGAGGUGAAGAUCGAGAAGGAAGUUUCUGUUGAUUCGGCGGAAGCAAGACUGUCUUUGCCCUCAGUUGAAAAGUCAACGAACGAGUCGGAAUCAUCGAUAAAAGGAUUGCCAAACGCACGUGGCGCAAAACGUAUGGGUCUCGGUGGUUUGUCUUCUGUGCUCGGUCAAUUAGGUAAAAAGGCUAAAAUUAGUACGUUGGAAAAGUCAAAACUGGACUGGGACAGUUUUAAGAGAGAGGAGAAGCUUGACGAGGAAAUAAACACACACAAUCGAGGAAAAGACGGUUAUUUGGAUCGUCAAGAUUUCCUUCAAAGAGCCGAUGUUCGUCGUUUCGAAAUUGAAAAACAAAUGAGACUUUCGAGGCGUGGUACGCGAUGAAUUUUUUUCAUCGAUCUAUCAAUUCUUACCUAAAGCCCCGAGUUAUUGGUAAUCCAAAAAAAAAUUUAACAAAUGGGAUUGUCGUCACGCUGUACUGUGUUGAAUCAUGUAAAUCGUCGCUAUCGUUCCGUAUGAUUGAUGCCAUUUUUUCCCUUGCAAAGUAUUGUAAAACGCACAUUGCCUCUGAGACAGCAAAUGAAAAGUGACUGUGAAUCGCUGAAUGAUUUCGAGUCAUAGAAACACGAAUCCACAAUUAAUGAAAACUGAAAUCUUCAUGAAAAUGAACGUCUAAAAAAUGGAUAUUAAAUCAACUACUAAAGUUUUAAUUACUUUAACGUUAGUCCAGUAUUAUGCUGCAAAAAUGAGGUAACAUGGCAGGGAAAGUUUGAUCGGUUGUGCAGAUACUUUUUGAGAGUAGGAAAUAAGGAAAUCGAUCAUUCCAAUCGAACGAAUCGUUACGUGUAUACGAUUAGUAGCUUUUCGUGUUUGAAAAAUCGACUUUUCUUUUAAUUGACUGGAAUCGGUGUUGAGUAGCUAUGAUAAUGAUGAAACGAGGAGGAGGUAUUAGUUUCGUCGAAUCGCGAGGAUCAUGUUCGGUGUUAGAAACUGAUCGUUCGAGCCAACUGUCGCAUUUUCACCGAAAUCUUUAUAUUCAAAGUUUUUUCGUUCACGAAUGUAUUAAAUUAUUUAUCAAUUUCACUAAAAGGAUUCCUACAAUAUUCGUGAAAUUAAUUUCGGCCACUGUUUAAAGAAACGUAGAAUUUUCGUUGCAUUUCAACAUAUAAACUCGAAAAAAAAUCGUAUAAUUAAAUAAGAUAAAAGCGAAGGUCAUUUUUUUUAAAUAUUCACAGACCCAAAUUCUCGGUUUCAAUCAAUUUCAAUCGUUAGUCGAUACUAAACUAUGUAUGUAAGUAUAUAAAUAAAAUUACUACUACUUCGAUAUAAA